GAAUCCCAAGUUCCCGAAAAAGAUGGUUUUGAGGAAACAAUGAUCAUCAAUGUUCCUUUGGCCUCUUCACCCCUUCUUACUCCAUCUUUCCUCCGGUCUGACGAGAAGAUCGUUGACGAACCUGAAGAUGUUCAAAGCGUAGAUAAUAUAACAGAGGAUGCCGGCGAUUUAUUUUCUGCUGACGUAAUUGAACAUCAACAAGAAAACGAUGCACAGAUUCACGUGGAAUCUCAAUCUGAACAUAGGUCUUUUGAAAUUAAGGUUGCUGCAGAUGAACCUGUCGAAGUUAUUACAGAUAACUCGAAGGACGUUGCUAAUGAACCUAUCGAAGUUGCUGCAGAUAAUUUGAUUGUUAAUGUUUAUGAAACUACGAUUGUUGCUACAGAAGAUAUCUCGGUGAUAAAGAAUGGAACUGUCUCUCAUGAUACUGCAAAUGUUGAUUCCGUAGAAGUCACAAGUGAAAUCGACUCAGAGAGCAACUUCG